CAAAACCUUCCGUCGGAGGAUGGCUUCCGCCGGCGCUGGAGAAGGGAAGGAGACGGCUGCCGGGAGCAGCCUCCACAGCAAGACUCUCCUCAAGAGCCAACCACUGUACCAGGUAACCCAUCCGAAGCACCAAGCAAAAUGUUUCAUCCCCCCAAGCCUCCAUAACCGUUCGUCUCGUCGGUGCGACCGUGCCACACCGAUGACCUUGCUUCGCUUCGUCUAGUACAUACUGGAAUCCACCGUCUUCCCACGCGAGCCGGACUGCCUGCGGGAGCUCCGCGUCGCCACCGCCACCCACCCCAUGUGAGCCCCGCCCCCCGGAUCCGCUAGCUGCUCGUUUCGUGCGUUGGCUUGGGCUCGACCGCUCCUUGCACGGUAGGUGUUUGACGUAUGUCCCGGUGAGCUGAGCCGCGCUGCAGGGCGGGCAUGGCUGCGUCGCCGGACGAGGUGCAGCUGCUGCAGCUCCUGAUCGAGAUUCUUGGCGCCAAGAACGCCAUCGAGGUUGGCGUCUUCACCGGGUACUCGCUGCUCGCCACCGCCCUCGCCCUCCCCGACGACGGCAAGAUUGUGGCCAUCGACGUUACCCGCGAGAGCUACGACCAGAUAGGGUCGCCGGUGAUCGAGAAGGCCGGCGUGGCGCACAAGAUCGACUUCCGCGUCGGGCUCGCGCUGCCCGUGCUGGACCAGAUGGUGGCCGAGGUGAUGAAUAGAAACUUGUAUUCCUCUGCGUUUCCGUGCGCGCGGAACGCGUCCAUGUGCAGAUGUUGUCGCGGUGCAGUGCAGGGAUAAUGCCGGCCGCUGCGGUUUUGGCUUUGCAGGAGGGGAACAAGGGCAAGUUCGACUUCGCGUUCGUGGACGCGGACAAGGUGAACUUCCUCAACUACCACGAGCGGCUGCUGCAGCUGCUCAGGGUCGGGGGCCUCAUCGCCUACGACAACACGCUGUGGGGCGGCUCCGUGGCCGCGUCCCCCGACGAGCCGCUCUCCGAGCGGGACCGCGCGCUCGCUGCGGCCACCAGGGAGUUCAACGCGGCCGUGGCCGCCGAUCCCCGCGUUCACGUCUGCCAGGUCGCCAUCGCCGACGGGCUCACGCUGUGCCGCCGCGUCGCCUGAUCCGUAUCCGGUUAUCCGCCUCGAAAUACAGCAGAGCUGUGGGCUGUCGCUGACACUGCUGUGAGCUCUGUGCUUGAAAUGGCCAUGGUCUGUAAUAACGAACUGGGCUUGAGCGAAAAUAAAUCCACCAGCGCGCUAGCGUGUGUCAGCGAUC